AUGCUUCCGAUGGAUGUCGACAUACAUCCGCCCGUCUGUAUGAGUAUGCAAUUAGUCAGUUACCAACUCGGUCCAAAAGUGACUAAGAUGGUUUCAAAUGCGUUUAGGCUUUUUGCAUCUCGCGUUGGUUUUACAACUCAUCCCAUUCCCUCCCUCGAGUCCCCUUCAACUCCCUUCUAA